UUGCUUGUGACUCGUGGCACCAGGAGGCCUGUCGGGGACAACCUGGCAGGGGUAAUUAUGGCGUGCUCAGUGCUGUUCGUGAGCGUGUUCGUCCUGGGCGCCUCGGGUGCUCCCGCGCACAGCCUGCGCGGGUCGGGCCGCGAUGCGACGGGGGGGAAGUGCUGCUUCAACGGGUGCGGCGACGAGGACUCGUGCGUGACGGGCCACUGCGGCUCGCGGGAGCUGUGCCUGAAGCCUCAGCCCGAUGGCGGCUGCGACUCGUCCCCGCCUCAUGGCCACGGGGCCAAGCCCAGCUGGUGCCCAGCCGCGGCUCCGCAGCAGCUCUCGUCAACGGCCCCGGCCGCCGAGAACGCGACGGGGGGGAGGUGCUGCUUCAACGGGUGCGGCGACGAGGACUCGUGCGUGACGGGCUACUGCGGCUCGCGGGAGCUGUGCCUGAAGCCUCAGCCCGAUGGCGGCUGCGACUCGUCCCCGCCUCAUGGCCACGGGGCCAAGCCCAGCUGGUGCCCGGCCGCGGCUCCGCAGCAGCUCUCGUCCACGGCCCCGGCCGCCGAGAAUGCGACGGGGGGGAAGUGCUGCUUCAACGGGUGCGGCGACGAGGACUCGUGCGUGACGGGCUACUGCGGCUCGCGGGAGCUGUGCCUGAAGCCUCAGCCCGAUGGCGGCUGCGACUCGUCCCCGCCUCAUGGCCAUGGGGCCAAGCCCAGCUGGUGCCCGGCCGCGGCUCCGCAGCAGCUCUCGUCCACGGCCCCGGCCGCCGAGAAUGCGACGGGGGGGAAGUGCUGCUUCAACGGGUGCGGCGACGAGGACUCGUGCGUGACGGGCUACUGCGGCUCGCGGGAGCUGUGCCUGAAGCCUCAGCCCGAUGGCGGCUGCGACUCGUCCCCGCCUCAUGGCCAUGGGGCCAAGCCCAGCUGGUGCCCGGCCGCGGCUCCGCAGCAGCUCUCGUCAACGGCCCCGGCCGCCGAGAAUGCGACGGGGGGGAAGUGCUGCUUCAACGGGUGCGGCGACGAGGACUCGUGCGUGACGGGCUACUGCGGCUCGCGGGAGCUGUGCCUGAAGCCUCAGCCCGAUGGCGGCUGCGACUCGUCCCCGCCUCAUGGCCAUGGGGCCAAGCCCAGCUGGUGCCCGGCCGCGGCUCCGCAGCAGCUCUCGUCCACGGCCCCGGCCGCCGAGAAUGCGACGGGGGGGAAGUGCUGCUUCAACGGGUGCGGCGACGAGGACUCGUGCGUGACGGGCUACUGCGGCUCGCGGGAGCUGUGCCUGAAGCCUCAGCCCGAUGGCGGCUGCGACUCGUCCCCGCCUCAUGGCCAGGGGGCCAUGCCCCAGCUGGUGCCCGGCCGCGGCUCCGCAGCAGCUCUCAACGGCCCCGGCCGCCGAGAAUGCGACGGGGGGGAAGUGCUGCUUCAACGGGUGCGGCGACGAGGACUCGUGCGUGACGGGCUACUGCGGCUCGCGGGAGCUGUGCCUGAAGCCUCAGCCCGAUGGCGGCUGCGACUCGUCCCCGCCUCACGGCCAGGGCGCCAAGCCCAGCUGGUGCGUCUGGUGAAUGUGCAUGCUGGACGCAUGAGGCGUUUAAUUUGUUUUGUGUGCACGAUUUGA